AUGUUUUCGAGAAAGAAGAAGGAACCAAGCCCGCCGCUGCCCAAGUUGUUGGAAAUUUACAAUGAGAUUGCCAACACAUCGCUUACGAAUCUAAGUUUAGAGCAAAAUAACCGUUCUAGCGAGGCAUUGAAUGGCUGGAGAUCGCUUCAUCAAGCGGCAGCGCUGAAGGUGGAAGCCCUUGAGAAGAGUAUUGCAGGGGUAGAGCUUACCGAUGAGGAGUCUUAUAUUUUAGACGAAAUCCACAUUUUGCAGGCACAGGCGGAUGAUCACAUGGAUAGAUUAGAAAGCAAACUGAAUCCUCCCCAUCUCAUGCAGGCGUCUAAAAUCUAUUCCAAUCCUCAGCAAUCCUCCGGCUCUGGUGGCCUGAAGGUGUCUCCCCCUGGCUCCAGAUCCAACUCUGUGCGAGCGAACGUUCCUACCCUGAGAUCCGCUUAUCCAAUAACAAUGAAUUCCAGAAGACCAGUAAACAAACCAUUAAUCAAGUCACUCCGCCCUAAUCAGAACAUACCUAACAACAACUCUAGCGGGAGUUUGGGCAAUUCUAUCUUGUCUCAAGCCACAGCCAAACAAGCUGCAAACUUGAUGUGGGCGCCAUCCAAAAGUUUAUUCACCAACAAGCCGUACUUGUCGAAUUCGCAAGAGGACCUAUUUCAGGAUUUUGAUGGUGUCAUUGAUGAUGAGGAAUACCAUCAUAAAGAAACGCUCAAGCAGUUACAACAAAAUGCUCUUGCAUCGAAAGCCGCUAGAAGUAACAACGACGAAGACUUAAUUGACCUCAGCGAAAACCUGUCAAAUCUUGAUGUUCGUCACAAGUUGACGCCUCAACCAAAACAACAAGCACAAAAGAAUCAUGAUAAAUCAUCGGCAGAAAGGGCCAGGGCGGCGCUGAAGAUUUCCUCGCAAGUCAAACUUCCCCAAAAGGUGGCCCCCAGUGCUGUUCGCCAACCUGCCCGCCACACAUCGCCAGUAAGAAUUGCCAGAUCUCCACCGCGAUCGAUAAAUGUGCAGCUCGCCAAACCCCAAAGCCGCAGAGCUAAUCAUUCUCCUGGUCCCGCUAAGCCUGUGCCAAAUCUCCAAUCUGGCUCCAGGAGAGCUUCGCCAGUCGCUAAAGGGUCAACGGCAAGUGCUCCUAAGGUGCUUGCUGAUAAUUCUACAAAAGAUACGGAAACCUUGGACAGUGACAAUUCAAUUGAAGACGAAGAAGACAAACUAAUUGCCUCAAUGAGAGGCGUAGAUCCCGUUGCUGCUAGGCAAAUUCUCAACGAGAUUGUGAUUCACGGAGAUGAAGUCCACUGGGACGAUAUUGCGGGACUUGACGCGGCUAAAAACUCGUUAAAGGAGACGGUGGUUUACCCGUUUUUGAGGCCAGACCUAUUCAGUGGCUUGAGAGAGCCUGCUCGCGGAAUGCUGUUAUUUGGCCCACCAGGAACAGGAAAAACUAUGCUUGCCCGUGCAGUUGCCACUGAAUCAAAAUCAACAUUUUUCUCAAUAUCUGCAUCCUCGCUGACAUCGAAAUAUCUUGGUGAGUCGGAAAAGCUGGUUAGAGCUUUGUUCCAACUAGCCAAGAGACUUGCGCCCUCAAUCAUUUUUGUGGAUGAGAUAGACUCUUUACUGGGAAGCAGAAGUAAUGACGGCGAAAACGAGUCCUCAAGGAGGAUCAAGAACGAGUUUUUGGUUCAGUGGUCUGAUCUGACCAAGGCUGCGGCUGGAAGAGACCAGGGAGAGGAUCUACAAAGAGUAUUGGUGCUAGCGGCGACAAACUUACCCUGGGCAAUAGAUGAAGCUGCAAGAAGAAGAUUUGUGAGACGGCAAUACAUACCACUCCCAGAAUAUGAUACCCGGAAAGCCCAAAUACAGAGGCUUCUUUCGCAUCAAAAUCACACAUUAACGGACAAGAACUUAGAAGAGCUAAUUCAAUUGACCGAUUCAUUUUCGGGAUCCGAUAUCACAGCCUUGGCAAAAGACGCAGCCAUGGGACCAUUAAGAGAGUUGGGAGAUAAAUUGCUCCUAACAGCGAAAAACGAAAUCAGGCCUGUCUGUCUUCAAGAUUUCAUCAACUCUUUGAAUUACAUCAGACCAAGUGUCUCAAAGGAAGGUCUCAGGAAGUUCGAAGAGUGGGCUAAGCUGUAUGGAUCCUCGGGCGUCUAA